AUGCAUCCUUCAAGUUUCCUUGGUCGUCUGGUCGUCAAUCUUACCCUCUUCCUUAUCUGUUUUAUCGCCUAUUCUUCUCAGAUAUUCGUGAUUUGGCCAUGGUACGGCCGUGCAAUUUCUGUCGACCUCAUAUGUCUUUUGCUUCCGUUCAAUCUUCUCGUUGGAAUGCUUCUAUGGAAUUACUUUCUUUGCGUGUACACUGACCCUGGCGGUGUACCCAGCGGCUGGAAACCCGAUACUCACGAGGAUGGCUACGAAGUCAAGAAGUUAACUGGAGGGCCUCGGUAUUGCAGAGCAUGCAAAAAUUUCAAACCCCCUCGAACUCACCAUUGUCGCCAGUGCAAUAGGUGCAUACUGCGCAUGGAUCAUCACUGUCCUUGGGUUAAUAAUUGUGUUGGCCACUUCAAUUACGGAUAUUUCAUACGCUUUUUAUUCUACGUGGAUGUGGCAUGCUCUUACCACCUUGUGAUGAUGACGCGACGCGCUAUGGAAAGUCCAGCUGUUGUAUAUUGGAACACAAUAACGGCGACCGAAAUAGUGUUCAUCAUCUUAAAUUUCGUCGCCUGCGUUCCCGUCUUGCUAGCAGUCGGGGCGUUCAGCCUCUUCCAUUUUUCUGGCCUCAUGUCAAAUACGACUACAAUUGAAGGUUGGGAGAAAGACAAAGUCGCAACGAUGGUUCGUAGAGGCAAGAUCCGUGAGAUCAAGUUCCCUUAUAAUCUUGGUCGAAGACGCAACAUAGAAUCCGUUCUUGGUACAAAUCCUCUACUCUGGUGCUGUCCUACGAGGGCGUUAGGCAACGGACUAAAAUAUGAUAUUAAUGAGAGUGAAGAAAGUUUAGAACUGGACACAUGGCCUCCGCGUGAUCCAGCAGCAGCUCUAUACGAAGACAGACCUGACGGUUUCCAUCUUCCGGACUCCCCCUGGACAUAUGGGAAUGAGACGAUCAAUCCUGACUUGAAGCCAUCGAAUUCCCGGUCUCGAAAAUCCGGUCAGAGACGGACAAAGAACGGGCAUGCGUCGACACUCCCACCUUACCAUCCAGAUUAUCAAGAAGGGGCUAGCUCUGGAUACGAUUAUGAAGAUGAUUCGUCAGAUGAAUCAUCUCCUGAUGAAAGCCAUGCUCUAGUGAGACGAGGAUCGGAAGGAUACGAGGUGCGGCCUCAAGGAAGGGAGGACAUGCUGCAUCGUUACCUUCUGGAAAUAGGGGAGACACCUGGUCGAUACCAUAGAUAUAUCCCGCAACCCGAUUCGGAGUCAGAGAGUGACGACGAUGAUAUACCAAUUGGACAAUCCCUUCGGACAGAAAAUAGAGAACAGUAG